CUUUUUUUAUUUUCCUUUUUUUUUUUUUUUUUUUGCUUGUGGCGUGUGGUGGUUAGAAACUUGGCUUGCUCGCCCCUACUUUCUGAAGGAAGAGGCUGUGAGAAACCCCUAGUAAUCUAUGCCAGCAAUUAUGACAAUGUUAGCAGACCAUGCAGCUCGUCAGCUGCUGGAUUUUAACCAGAAACUGGAUAUCAAUCUCUUGGACAAUGUGGUGAACUGCCUGUACCAUGGAGAAGGUGCACAGCAAAGAAUGGCACAAGAAGUGUUGACUCACUUAAAAGAACAUCCUGAUGCGUGGACAAGAGUUGAUACAAUUUUGGAGUUCUCUCAGAACAUGAAUACCAAAUAUUAUGGACUGCAAAUCUUGGAAAAUGUGAUAAAAACAAGAUGGAAGAUUCUUCCAAGGAACCAGUGCGAAGGUAUUAAAAAAUACGUUGUUGGCCUAAUUAUCAAGACCUCAUCUGACCCAACGUGUGUAGAAAAAGAGAAAGUGUAUAUUGGGAAACUGAAUAUGAUUCUUGUUCAGAUCUUGAAACAGGAGUGGCCCAAGCACUGGCCCACGUUCAUCAGCGACAUCGUGGGGGCCAGCAGGACCAGUGAGAGCCUCUGCCAGAACAACAUGGUCAUCCUCAAACUGCUCAGUGAAGAAGUCUUUGAUUUUUCCAGUGGCCAGAUUACUCAAGUAAAAGCUAAGCAUUUGAAAGACAGCAUGUGCAAUGAAUUCUCUCAGAUAUUUCAGCUGUGUCAGUUUGUGAUGGAAAACUCCCAAAACGCUCCCUUAGUCCAUGCAACUUUGGAAACUUUGCUACGAUUUCUGAACUGGAUUCCUCUGGGAUAUAUAUUUGAGACCAAGUUAAUCAGCACACUAAUAUACAAGUUCUUAAAUGUUCCCAUGUUUCGCAAUGUCUCUUUGAAGUGCCUCACAGAGAUUGCAGGUGUCAGUGUAAGCCAGUAUGAAGAACAGUUUGUAACACUUUUUACACUGACCAUGAUGCAGUUAAAACAGAUGCUUCCUUUAAAUACCAAUAUCCGACUUGCAUACUCCAAUGGAAAAGAUGAUGAACAGAACUUCAUUCAGAAUCUCAGUUUGUUCCUCUGCACGUUCCUCAAGGAGCAUGGUCUACUUAUAGAGAAAAGGUUAAAUCUGAGGGAAACACUAAUGGAGGCUCUUCAUUACAUGUUGUUGGUAUCAGAAGUUGAAGAAACUGAAAUUUUCAAGAUUUGUCUGGAAUAUUGGAACCAUUUAGCUGCUGAGCUCUACAGAGAGAGCCCGUUCUCCACGUCGGCGUCGCCGCUGCUGUCGGGGAGCCAGCACUUCGAUGUCCCUCCAAGGAGACAGCUUUAUUUGCCUGUUCUGUCCAAGGUUCGAUUGCUCAUGGUGAGCCGCAUGGCCAAGCCUGAAGAAGUCCUGGUGGUGGAGAAUGACCAAGGGGAGGUGGUUCGGGAGUUCAUGAAGGACACGGAUUCCAUAAACUUGUAUAAAAACAUGAGAGAAACCUUGGUUUAUCUCACACAUCUGGACUAUGCAGACACAGAAAGAAUUAUGACUGAGAAGCUUCACAAUCAGGUGAAUGGGACAGAGUGGUCCUGGAAGAACCUGAACACGCUGUGCUGGGCCAUCGGCUCCAUCAGCGGCGCCAUGCACGAGGAGGAUGAGAAGAGGUUCCUGGUCACAGUGAUCAAGGAUCUCCUGGGACUCUGCGAACAAAAGCGAGGGAAGGACAAUAAAGCCAUUAUUGCAUCAAAUAUAAUGUAUAUAGUAGGUCAAUACCCACGGUUUUUGAGAGCUCACUGGAAAUUUUUGAAGACAGUAGUCAACAAACUGUUUGAAUUUAUGCAUGAAACCCACGAUGGUGUCCAGGACAUGGCUUGUGAUACCUUCAUAAAAAUAGCACAGAAAUGCCGCCGACACUUUGUCCAGGUCCAGGUGGGAGAGGUCAUGCCAUUUAUUGAUGAAAUCCUGAACAAUAUUAACACAAUCAUCUGUGACCUUCAGCCACAACAGGUGCACACAUUUUACGAAGCAGUUGGAUACAUGAUUGGGGCACAGACAGACCAGACUGUGCAGGAGCAUCUGAUAGAAAAGUACAUGUUGCUGCCCAACCAGGUGUGGGACAGCAUCAUUCAGCAGGCAACAAAGAAUGUUGAUAUUCUAAAGGAUCCUGAAACAGUUAAGCAGCUUGGUAGCAUUCUGAAAACCAAUGUACGAGCAUGUAAAGCAGUUGGCCACCCCUUUGUGAUUCAGCUUGGAAGAAUUUAUUUAGAUAUGCUGAAUGUGUACAAGUGCCUAAGUGAAAAUAUUUCUGCAGCUAUUCAGGCUAAUGGUGAAAUGGUAACAAAGCAGCCCUUGAUUAGAAGUAUGAGGACUGUAAAAAGGGAAACUUUAAAGUUAAUUUCUGGCUGGGUGAGCAGGUCCAAUGAUCCGCAGAUGGUAGCUGAGAACUUUGUUCCUCCGUUGUUGGAUGCCGUUCUCAUCGACUACCAGCGGAACGUGCCGGCGGCGCGCGAGCCCGAGGUGCUCAGCACCAUGGCCAUCAUUGUCAACAAGCUGGGGGGACACAUCACUGCUGAAAUACCUCAGAUCUUCGAUGCUGUCUUUGAGUGCACAUUAAACAUGAUCAACAAGGACUUUGAAGAAUAUCCUGAACAUAGAACAAACUUCUUCUUGCUACUUCAAGCUGUAAAUUCUCACUGCUUCCCAGCCUUCCUGGCCAUUCCACCUGCACAGUUCAAACUUGUCCUGGAUUCUAUUAUUUGGGCUUUCAAACACACAAUGAGAAACGUUGCAGAUACAGGACUGCAGAUCCUUUACACCCUGCUGCAGAACGUGGCGCAGGAGGAGACGGCUGCCCAGAGCUUCUAUCAGACCUAUUUCUGUGACAUCCUCCAGCACAUCUUCUCCGUGGUCACAGACACCUCCCACACUGCAGGUUUGACAAUGCAUGCGUCAAUCCUUGCCUACAUGUUCAACUUGGUAGAAGAGGGAAAGAUAAGUACUCCUUUAAACCCUGGCAACCCAGUGAACAACCAAAUGUUUAUUCAGGAGUAUGUGGCUAAUCUCCUCAAAUCUGCAUUUCCUCACCUGCAAGAUGCCCAGGUUAAGCUGUUCGUAACAGGACUCUUCAGUUUAAACCAGGAUAUUCCUGCCUUCAAGGAACACCUAAGGGAUUUUCUGGUCCAAAUCAAGGAAUUUGCAGGUGAAGACACAUCAGACUUGUUCUUGGAGGAGAGAGAAACAGCCCUUCGGCAGGCUCAAGAGGAGAAGCAUAAACUUCAGAUGUCUGUACCUGGCAUCCUUAAUCCACAUGAAAUUCCCGAGGAGAUGUGCGAUUAAACAAAAAUAAAACAAGUUUUGCGGUUUUCUUUCUGUACAGCUACUUUGUUGUGAUAGAAGAAAACAGCACUUGGAUAUUUGUUGACCAAAAUGAUGCCAAUUUGUAAAUUAAAAUGUCACCUAGUGGCCCUUUUUCUUAUGUGUUUUUUGUAUAAGAAAUUUUCUGUGAAAUAUCCUUCCAUUGUUUAAGCUUUUGUUUGGUCAUCUUUAUUUAGAUUUGCAUGAAGUUGAAAAUUAAGGCAUUUUCAAAGUAAUUACUUCAUGCCCAUUUUGUGGCUAAGGGGAAAAUAGGCAAAGCGUAACUUGUAAAAGACUAUAUUGCAAAAUAAUACAAUUUCCUGUCAGAGUAUCGAUUUUUAAUUUGGAGUCAUUUUCUUUCUAGUCUGUCCUGCAGUCUAGGAGAAAAGGUAAAGAGUAAAGCAGACAGAAUUAAUUGUUAAGCAGAGGAUUCUAGUGCUGCGUUUGUUCUGAUCAGUUAGCAGCUUUCUGGACUGAGUGGUAAGGCUAUAGGCUACGUGUAUUUGCAAGUUGUAUGGCAAGUUUGCAGCAAGAUCAUGUGCAUAUCAUCCCAUUGUAAAGCAACUUCUAAAGAGUAUGGGAACACAGUACAGUUAGUUAUUUUUACACAGUUCUUUUGUUUUUGUGUGUGUGCUGUCGCGUUGUCGACAACAGCUUUUUGUUUUCCUCAAUGAGGAGUGUUGCUCAUUUGUGAGCCUUCAUUAACUCGAAGUGAAAUGGUUAAAAUAUUUAUCCUGUUAGAAUAGGCUGCAUCUUUUUAACAACUCAUAAAAUAAAAAAAAAAAACUGGCUUUUGAGAUGACUUAUACUAAUUUACAUUGUUUACCAUGCUGUAGUGCUUAAAGAACACUACUUAAGAGCAAAAUAAACUUGGUUUACAUUUAU